AACAGCCUCCACCCCCCCUUCUAUCAUCUCUCCUCUUUCUCUCUCUAUCUUCCUCCUCUCUUAAAAACCCUACUACAAAACCAUCAACGCUGCCUUUCCCAUCGCUGGUCGUCCCUUUCCUCCGUUAGCGCCUCCUCCGUCGCCCUUCCUUUGCCAGCUUCGUCGAUGCACUAGCCAUGGCCACCGACCUCACCUCCACUGCCAGCCACUGGCGAAGCCAUCCCUCCAGCCGCCGCAUCGUCAUCUCCACCAUCCACCGCCAACAGCCAGCCCCACGCCGACGAAAUAGAUCUAAGACCCCCGCCGGACCAGCCCCAUCAUCAACCCCUCUCCCUCGCCGUCAGAUCGUGAAAGUUCUGGGGCGUGGCAGAAAGGAAAGGCUUUUGCAAAUUAGCUUGCUUAUCUUGGAUUUUUCGGUUGAGAUGGAACCUAAUUACAGCUGGAUAUAUCAACACGAAAAAUUGAUAAUAGAAUGGGUGAGGCUGAGAAUGAAGAUGCGGAUGAUGAGUUGUUAUUUUUAGUCUUUUGUAUGUUUUAUGGUUUAGAUUUGUAACCUCAAUAAAUUUUGUAAAUAAUUUGAUUUUUAAUGUUUGCAUUCUUAUGGUGGUUGGUUGAUUGUAUAUUAAAUGAUUGGUAGGAUGUAUUGUAAAUAAUUUGAUUUAAUUUUUAAUGCUUAUAAAUGAUGG